AUGAUCACAAUCGGCAAAAGCAAACAAGUGUCAUUGCAUAAAAGAAAAUUUAAUGAGGAACCACCAUCACCUUAUAACCUUUAUUACAGCUCACCAACAAAUACCACUUACACUCCCACAACUAGAAC